AUGCCAUGGGGGAAAUUUGAUAGUACUAAAAUCGAUAUUAUCAAAACAAGAACUAUUUUAGAUCGCGACCAUUUUGGCCUAGAAAAAGUGAAAGAUCGUAUUAUCGAAUAUUUAGCAGUAUUACAACGUUCAAAAAAAAUUAAAGGCCCUAUAUUAUGUUUAAUUGGACCUCCAGGGGUAGGUAAAACUUCAUUGGUGAAAUCAAUUGCAGAAGCAAUAGGCAGAAAAUAUACUAAAUUCGCGCUUGGAGGCGCUCGAGAUGAAUCACAAAUUAGAGGACAUAGAAACACAUACCUUGGGUCUAU